UUUUUCAAUUUCAACUGGAAGUUUUAAAAAAUGAAAUAAAAUAAACGGAAAACAAAUUCAGUGUGGAUCCAAAUCUACGAAACAGAAAAAACAAAAACGAUUUUGAUUUUGGUUUUGGUUUCUCACUUGUUAUGUGAAGAAGAUACAGUUCCUUCAGGUUUCUCACUCUUCUUCUCUCUCUAAACAUGCUGUCAUUUAAUUUCCCUCAUUUUCUUCAUAUGCUGUGAUUCCUACACACAUAUCAUGAAUUCCGUUGAAUCAAACCAACACCAUGUUCUUCCCAAUCCAAAAACCCACCCCUUCAUAUCAAAAUUCAAAAAAAUUACAUUACCCUUAUUGAUUCUAAUUACAGCAAUUUCCUUAGGUUGUUUCACAAGAACAAAUUACUAUAAAGUUCAUUACUUGAAAUACUCUCUCAUAUCACAAACCCUUUUUCAUUCAAUUGGGUCAAUCUUUUCAGUUUCACCCUCAAAACCAGUUUAUAUUCCCUCCCAUUGUGUCCUAUGGAUGGCUCCUUUUCUUUCAGGUGGUGGGUAUAGUUCAGAAGGUUGGUCUUAUAUUUUAGCACUUCAUAAUCACACAAAAAUUCAUACUUUUAGGUUAGCAAUUGAGCACCAUGGGGAUCUUGAAUCUUUGGAAUUUUGGGAAGGUUUGCCGCAAGAUAUGAAGAAUUUGGCAUAUGAAUUGUAUCAAACGCAGUGUAAUAUCAAUGAAACUAUUGUGAUUUGUCAUAGUGAACCUGGUGCUUGGUACCCUCCAUUGUUUCAAACACUUCCAUGUCCACCGUCGUUUUACAGUGAAUUUAAGUCUGUGAUUGGUAGGACUAUGUUUGAGACUGAUAGAGUGAAUGGCGAACAUGUCGAGCGAUGUAAUCGAAUGGAUUAUGUUUGGGUUCCUACUGAGUUUCAUAAGUCUACAUUUAUAGAAAGUGGGGUUGUUGCUUCUAAGGUUGUGAAGAUUGUUCAACCUAUUGAUGUGGAAUUCUUUGAUCCUGUCAAGUAUACACCAUUGGAUUUUGGUUCUACAGAGAAACUGAUAUUAGGUUCUGGAGUGAGUAAGGGUUUUGUGUUUCUUAGUAUCUUCAAGUGGGAAUAUAGGAAAGGGUGGGAUGUGUUGUUAAAAUCAUAUUUGAAGGAAUUUUCGAAAGACGAUAGUGUUGCUUUAUACUUGUUAACAAAUCCAUAUCAUACUGAUAGGGAUUUUGGAAACAAAAUAUUGGAUUUUGUGGAGAGUUCUGAUAUUGGAGAACCGGUUAGUGGUUGGCCUUCCGUCUAUGUUAUUGAUGCACACAUUGCACAAAGCGAUUUGCCGAGGGUUUAUAGGGCAGCUGAUGCUUUCGUUCUUCCUUCGAGAGGGGAAGGAUGGGGAAGACCUUUGGUGGAAGCGAUGUCAAUGUCGUUGCCAGUGAUUGCAACAAAUUGGUCUGGACCGACUGAAUAUUUGACAGAGGAUAAUAGCUAUCCACUGCCGGUAGAUAGAAUGAGCGAAGUAAUGGAAGGUCCGUUCAAGGGACAUCUUUGGGCUGAACCUUCUGAGUCUAAACUUCGGGUUCUUAUGAGACGGGUAAUGGAUAAUCCCGCUGAGGCUAAAGCCAAAGGUAGAAAGGCAAGGGAGGACAUGAUAAGAGAGUUCUCACCUGAGAUUGUGGCUGACAUUGUUGCAGACCACAUACAAAAUAUCCUAGGUAGGUAAGAACUAAAGAGUUUCUGGUUCUGUUUUGUCCACAGCUUUUUAGCUCGAGUUCGGACUGGUUUUAUGAUUCACUCAUAAGGAAAUUGAGUUUGUAAGUUGGACAUAUACAACAACUUCAUCAUUGGAAAGUAAUUUCUUCGAUAGUUAAUUCUUUUCAUUUCUGGGAGUUUUUGCUGAAAAGGCUUAUUAAUUAUUGGAUGAACAUGAAACUGUUUUGCAUGGAAUGUAUUAAUCAUUUUUGAACAAUAUAUGGCUAUUUAAAAGGUGAUUUUGAUCAGAUAAA